UUCCACUUGCGCAAUGGCGAAAUCCGAAAAAAAGGGUGAAAAAGUCGACAAGAAGUCCAAGACUUCUAGCAGCAAAAAGCCUGGUGUAGUGCCUACAUCUGCUGAAAUAUUAGCCAAGGCAAGAGCGGACAAGGGCAAGACAUCCAAUAAGGAAGAAAAGGAUGUCACGAAACCCAAAAAAUCUGCCGUGAAGAAAGAAGAUAAGAAAAAGCCCACAAAGGGCAAGGCUAAAGAGGAAUCCUCUUCCGAGUCCUCCGAGUCGGAAAGUGAGGAGACUGAAGUCAAAAAGCCAGCUGCUACUGCUACGCCAGCAAAGGCCGCGAAUGGCAAGGCUUCAGCAGACGAGUCCUCCGAAAGCGAUUCAGCAUCAUCUGAAGAGGAGAAACCCAAAGCUCAACAAGUCAAAGCAUUACCCGCGAAAAAAGCCGAUUCUGAUAGUUCCGACGACUCUGAUUCAGAAGACGAAAAAAAGCCUACAGCAAAGGUCGUCCCUACAAAGAAGGCCGUCGCUAUCCCUUCCAAAAAGGCGGCACCGGCACCGGCAAAGAAGGCAGACUCGGAUUCGGAUUCGUCAGAAUCAGAAGAAGACGAGAAGCCUGCUGUUACUCCUGCUGCUGCUGCUGCUAAAAAGGCCAUCGAGCCGUCUUCAGAUUCAGAUUCCUCAGAUGACUCAUCGGAGGAGGAUGAAGGACCUACCGCCAAAACAACAAAAAUAACACCCGUGAAGAAAGCCGAGUCAGAAGAUGACUCCAGCUCCGACUCGUCAGAUGACGAAGACGAGAAACCGUCUGCUGCGUCUAAAACCAAGAAAGACGAAUCGUCGAGUGAUGGUUCCGAGUCGAGCUCUGAGGACGAAUCUGACGUUGAGAUGGGUGAUGAUACGAAACCCAGUGCCAAUGGCAAACGGAAAGCUGCCGACUCUGUGACCGCCCCACCCAAAAAAGUCAAGCUCGCGAACGGAGAUGCCGCAGCUGCUGAUAGCUCCCAAGAAGAGAUCAAAUCGAUAUUUGUUGGCCAGCUCUCAUGGAACGUUGACAACGACUGGUUAGCUCAAGAGUUCGCCUCUUGUGGUGAAGUCCUUUCGGCAUCCGUUCAGAUGGAUCGUAACUCUGGAAGAUCGAAAGGAUUCGGAUACGUUAAUUUCUCUUCCCCUGAUGCCGUAGAAAAGGCUUUGAAGGAGAUGAACGGGAAGGAAAUCGAUGGGAGGAGCAUCCGGGUUGACAAGAGUACACCUCCUAACAAAGCUGCGGAUAGGGACAAGAGGGCGAAAGCUUUCGGAGAUACCCAAAGUCCACCUUCGACGACAUUGUUCCUGGGGAACCUGGCGUUCAGUGUUUCCGAAGAUUCGGUCUGGGAGGUCUUUAAUGAGUGGGGUGUGAAGAGUGUUAGGUUACCGACGGACAGGGAUACUGGGAGACCGAAAGGGUUUGGAUACGUUGAAUUUGAGUCGCUGGAUGGUGCUAAAGCUGCGUAUGAGGCGAAGAAGGGUUCUGAACUUGACGGGCGAUCGCUGAGAUUGGACUUCUCGCAGCCAAGAGAUGCUAGUGGAGGUGGACGAGGAGGGUUCGGUGGUGGUGGGCGAGGAGGAGGGGGAGGGUUUGGUGGUGGUGGUGGUGGAAGGGGAGGGUUCGGUGGUGGUGGUGGAAGGGGAGGGUUCGGUGACCGUGGUGGUGGACGUGGCGGAGGAAGAGGUGGGGGACGGGGUGGAGGAAGGGGCGGUCCACCGAAAUUUGGAAAUGCCCGUUCAGGAGGAAUCGUACCGCAUGAAAACAAAAAGAAGAUUUACUUCGAUUAG